UUGUAAGUACAAGUGAAAAGUCCAAUCAACGCGUGUAUAUAGAAUUAUAAUUAUUGAAAAUUUGAAUCACGCAUUUUAAUGUGUUUCCGAUUCGUACAAUUUGUACUGUAGCAUCAGCAGUUGACGGAAAUGGAAGAACAACUCGCGCAGGCUAAGUUGACAAUCAAGGGUUUGGAACAAAGGCUUUCCAAGGCCGUCGAACGCAAGAUCGUAAUGAAGAAUAUUAUUCAAGACCAAGUUAAAAGGGGGGAUGAAAUUACGAAAAGGCAAAAUGUCGUUUUCGACUUGAUGGCUGUCGCAGAGGAGCACUUCGAGAGCGCAGAGAACACGCUCACAGAAUGCGAGGAGGUCGAAGAUGACCUGGCAAAAUUGUAUAAUAACGCUAAACUAAAGCAGCAGGAGACUAAGAAUAUUCUGACCGAAUCGUUUGAUAAAUACCGUGAAACUGAAACAAAGGAAUUGGUAGAGCAAUUGGCAAUGUUAAACAGGCAAUCGUUGAUCGAUGAAACUAGAUAUCAACAGCUUGAGGAUCAAUUAUCCGAUUUGACUCGCCUUAAUUCUGAAGUUGAUCUUAAACAGGAGAUGGCUGAAAAAACAUAUAAUGAAAAUCGGGUAAAACACGCCGAAGAGAUGAGUAAAAUAUCUGAAAUCAAAACGAAUAUUGAAACAAAAUUGAAAUUGGAAAUAGAGGAGCAGUCGAAAUUGGAAGUUGAAAAUGAAGGAAUUUUAAAAAAGGUUGACGAGUAUCGCUCAAAAUGUGAAGCGCAGCAAGCUACGUCCGCCCAGUAUAAGGAACAGAUCAAAUACUUGACUACCACUUGCUGUGAGCUGGAGGAAGAAGAAGCGAAAUUGAACACUGAACUUCUUGAAUCAAAUAGCUCACACUUUGUGUCAAUUUCAGAAAAAGAUUCAGAAUUAGCUGAGUGCAGAAAUCAAUUGGAGGAUUUAAGAUCGAAGGUCGCAAAAACGUCCGAAGAACUCAUUAAAAUUACCGAGGAUAAUAAAAAUUUAUCUGAAACUGAUGUCAAAGCUGUUGACGAAAUGAACAGAUUGACUGUAAAGUUACAAAAUAAAGACGGCGAGUCAUCAAAACUGAACGCCGAUUUAAGUAAUGCCUUGACGGAGCAAGAAGAAUUGUCUUUGAAUUAUGAGAGCCUAAACGUACAGUUAACAGCGCUGAAAGAUCAAAACUGUCGGGCUAAAUCAGAAUUUGAAACAUGGGAAAUAACGCAAAAUCAAAAGCUUAGAAACAUAUCCGAAAUGAACAGACAACUUGCUACAUCCGAGCAUGAUUUGAAGAAUGUAUCCGACUAUGUCACCAAACUCGAUUCAGAACUCGCCAAUAAAGAAGCGAAAUAUUCUGUACAAUUGAAUCAGUAUGAGAAGACUAUUGAAGAAAAGGAUUGUAAAAUUGCCGAUUGUUCAAAAACGCUGAUAAAUUUGCAAAAUAAAAAGAAGCACAACGAAUUGGAGUAUAAAAAAAAACUGAAGAUAAAAAUAAACUUGGCGGAGCAAUGCCAAGUAGCUGACCAUGCAAAAGAGAUCCAAGAACAAAAAGCGAAAAUCGAUAUUCUCCAAAAUCAGAUAUCAGUUGAAAAGCUGAAGCUUGAGCAGAAUGGUUUGAAAGAACAAGAAUUAAAUAAACAAAAAGAAAUAGAAGAUUUGAAGUUAGUGGAAUUGCAAUCCAAAUUUGUCGAUCUUAAAGCCAAAUACUCUACUGCUAAAGAACGAAACAACGAUCUUCGUACCAAAUUGCAAAAAAUUGAAGAGGCGAAGCAAAUGACGAACACGGGGACGUCGCUGUCGAUUGUCUCAAGUCCACUCCUCGGAAUGAGUUUCGCUAGACCCGAGGGAAGUAUAAUUUCAUCGACACCCGUUCAUAGUCCGACUGGGACUGAAAUGGCACAGUUAGAAAUAUCUUCCGACUUAAGUAGUAUUGACGGAAUGCAAGCAAUUACAGAAAUAGAACGCGAGUACGAAAAGUUGAGUCAGUCUAAUAAGACUGACGCUGUAAAAUUAAGUCAAACAGAUAGGACAGAAAAUACCGGCUCAACAUCAUCUGCAAUUGCUGUGGUACCACCGCAACAGAGAAGCAGAAAAUCUUACAAGCCAUGCUACAAACGAAAGUAAACAUAGACGUGAAUGCGUUACAUUUUUUUGCACACGUAAUAAUAAUAAUUAUCAUUUCACAAAGAUACAUAGAUGCCAUGAAUUAAUGAAGAAACAACGUACAGAAAAUACCUU